AUGUAUUUAUGGGAAUUGCGAAGGCGUUAUCGUCAGUUAUUCAGACGACAAUCAAAAAAUUUAACUUAUCGAAAAUUCUCUUAUUUCAGGCGGAUUUUGACAACAUUUUUAUUUUUUUUUAUUGGUUGGUCUGCGUUUGGUCUAAUUGCAGCUACGAAAUAUAUGUUUAAAAAAAAUGAAAUAAGUGGAGAAUAUUCAUUUAUCUCACCAAAUGAAGCCAGAAGUAAUUUAUAUGAAAAGGUUUACAAAUUAAGAUUCGGUGAUAAAGAGAAUGAAAACGAUUUUUAUGAACUUGACGAUUAG